CAAACAAAACAAAGCCCAUUACCCCUUCAACCAUAUUCUCCCAAAUUUCGAUACCUUCAAUGAAGAACAAAUACAAAACCGGCUGAUAUAUAUUUAUAAUUCCUAUGUUUAUACAAUUAUUAUCUCACGCUUCACACUCUUCGUGCUCUCCGCCACCCCCUCUUUUUCUUCUCAAUUUUUCAGAUCCGCUCUCUUUGAUCCCGUAAAACAUGGCCUCCGUUACUGCUUCCAGUGUUAAGUUCUCACCUGCUUCUUCCUUAAUCAAGCAAAAUCAGUUUUCAAAUCUGAAGAAGGCUUCAGUGUCAUUCACUGGGAAUGGCUUCCAAUCUCACAGAUUGCCUGUUCGUCGCUUCCGUAUCGCGUGCGCAGCCAAGCCAGAGACCGUAAACAAAGUAGUCGACAUAGUGAGGAAACAGCUUGCUCUUCCCGAUGACCGUGAUGUCUGUGGAGAGUCGAAAUUUUCUGUACUCGGUGCUGACUCUCUUGACACGGUUGAGAUCGUCAUGGGGCUUGAGGAAGAGUUUGGAAUCUGCGUGGAGGAAGAGAGCGCCCAGAGCAUCAGCACCGUUCAAGAAGCAGCUGAUCUGAUCGAGGAGCUCUUGGAGAAGAAGUGAAUAAACCAAUCGGGUUUCUAGGAGAAGUUCUGUAGCCAGAGAUCAUCAUAUAUUUCAAUCAAUGUUUGUUGCUGCCAUCUCAUGACAAACCCUCACCUCGAGUUCUUGGUGUUGGUCUUUUUUGUUCAUGUUUGAAGCAUCUAGCUCAUCUUUCUUGUUUGGAUCCUAUCAAUUUAUAUUUGAAGUUGUCUUUCCUCUUCUCUGUUUUCAUUCACAUUGUCAUUUGUGAAGGAAUUGGCGUCUGAGUAAGUCAUGUACAAGUCUAGAAUUUUUCUUGAACCUAUUAGUAUUAAUUGAGUUCCAAAUAAUUAGGAUUAUAGCA